AUGCCCUUUGCCGAGCGCUUCAACAAGUUGCAAAUCCCUGCAACGGCCCUCACCGUACGCACUCAUCCGCUCACGGACACGGUAGCCGACGCAGUAAACCAAUUUUUUCUCGAUACUUGGCCAUUCCCAGGCGAGAAGGAGCGAAAGAAGUUCAUAGGCGCUGACUUUCCCCGUUUUGUCUGUUACUACUUCCCCAAUGCUCUCGAAGACCGCCUUCGACUCGUUUGUGAGGUUGUAACUCAUCUGUUCAUUGUCGACGAUAUCAUUGAGGCCAUGUCGCUCAAGGAUGGACGGGCUUUCAACGAUAAAUUGAUUGCUCUCGCAAGGGGAGAGGUACUUCCCAACCGCAAUUCGCCUCCCGAGUGGAUCAUGUAUGAUGUCUGGCAAGGGAUGCGUAAAUGUGACAAAGAGUUGGCCGACGCUAUGCUUCAACCCUGUUUCGACUUUAUGAACUCUCAGACGGACCCAAGACGUCUCACUAAGAUGAACUUGGAGCAAUACCUCGAGUAUCGCCUAGACGAUGUUGGCAAGGAAUUCCUAAGCGCCCUGAUCUGCUUCACGCAGUCCAUCCAUCUAACCAAAGAAGAAUGGGCUCUGGUAGAUCCCGUAGAUAAGAACUCAGCAAGGCACAUAUCGGUGAUCAACGACAUCUGGAGCUACGACAAGGAACUCCGGGCCGCAGCCACGCUCAAGCAGGAAGGUAGCACGAUGCUAAACGCUGUCGAUAUCUUAGCCGACGAAGCCUCGAUGCCAGCUGAGAGCGCCAAGCGCGUUCUUUAUCAGCUCUGUAGGGAGUGGGAAAUUGUGCACGAGACGCUUGUUGCCGAGAUCCUCGAAAAGCAUGACUCACGCCAGCUACGGGCGUAUUUCAAGGAGACCGAGUACCAGAUGUCAGGGAAUGAGUGCUGGAGCCGCUUGACUUUGCGAUACUCGCAAAUUCAUUGA